AGCACUUGUCAACACGAGAUGGUUCUGUUAUCGCUGCGCAGUUCAUUAUUUUCAUAUAAUCAGAGGAACCAACGUGAAUAGUACUUGUUUUCCAAUUUUGUUGCGUUCUGAUAAGUCGCCUUCUGCGCCAGUGUGUGUAAAGGCUAGACUUUCGCGAGUACUCGUACGUUACGGAACUGCUUGUCAUAACAUAAUUUGUCAAAGUAUCUGUGAUUUUAAUUAUAACAAAAAAUAAAAGAUGAAGGCCAUCCUCCUUGCUGUCGUCGGACUCCUGGCUGUAUGCCUCCCUGCUUCUGCUACACAAUGCCACGUGAACCCAGUAAACAUCCCGAAGGAGUGGGUGACAAUGGUCCGCAACUGUCGUAUGUCCAUGAGGCAGCAGAUACAGAUGGAGGUCGCUGCCUCGCUGCAGUACCUCGCCAUGGGCGCUCAUUUCUCUAGGGAUGUUGUAAACCGCCCCGGUUUCGCUCAGAUGUUCUUCGACGCUGCGUCAGAGGAACGUGAACACGCCAUGAAGCUCAUCGAGUACCUUCUGAUGAGAGGAGAACUGACCUCUGAUGUUACCACCCUGCUGCAAGUUAGGGCCCCCGAACGCAAGACCUGGGAAGGCGGAGUAGAAGCCCUGGAGCACGCGCUGCGCAUGGAGAGCGAGGUCACCAAGAGCAUCAGGAACGUCAUCAAGUCCUGCGAAGACGACUCCGAGUUCAAUGAUUACCAUCUGGUUGACUACCUAACUGGAGACUUCUUGGAAGAGCAGUACAAGGGUCAACGCGACAUCGCCGGCAAGGCCUCUACCCUCAAGAAGCUCAUGGACCGCCACGGUGCUCUCGGAGAGUUCAUCUUCGACAAGAAACUUAUUGGCAUCGACAUCUAAGUCAAUCGCCACCAUGUAGUUUAAAAACUAUCAAUAAAACCUUCUUAUUGUAACCUAUUUUUUUAAUCUGUUGCCAUUUGUUAAAAAAAAGUUUUGAGUCGCUGUUUAGAAUGUUUGAAAAUCAAAAUACGUAUUGUUCUUUUCUUAAUUUGCAAACAAAAUGGCGUAUACUAUACUUAUUUUUGUAAUAAAAAUUCACAAAUUAGCCAACCCCGUAGGUAUUAUUGUACAAAAUAUUAGUUUAAGAAUAAUUUCUGUAUUUAAAAUCAUGUACUCCACUUUAGAUUGUAUGCAGUCAAUUAUAGGCUUAUUUUUGUCGUCUGGUAACACUGUACGGCAAAAACGCGAUUUCUUAUUCCUAUUGCAACACUUUUUUCCAUCAAAAAGUGCUUAUUGAACAAAAAUAUGGCUGUUUAUAAUUUUGUUUAAUUAUUUCGUAAAAUAAAGUUGAUUCAUACAUUAAA